UAUAUCUACAUCAUAGAUCAGAGCGUGGUAUUUAAUCUUAUUUGACACAAUAAACAAUCGUUCGCUCAGUGUAAAGAACAGAUGUUAGGUGGUUUUAUGCAUCAUCAAUUCUUAAUUAUCUAAUUUAAAUGAAAAAUACUUUGAAGUAUUAAAAGUUUUUGUAAAAAUGAAGAUAUUGAUCAGAAGUAUUUUUUAAUAAAAUUGCAAAAUGGUGUUAAGUCGAAAUGAUAAAAGAAAAAGGAAAGAAGGAGAUUUGGUGGAUCUUAUGGAGCCACUCUCCGAAUCUCCAAAGAGGACCAAAGUACAUGCACAAAGAAAAUUUGCACAAGGUGCAACAACAGUUUUCAAUCCUUCACAUACUCCUAUCAAGGAUAAAGAAAAGACUAAACCAGCAGUUAUAACAGAAUUAAUAACUCACAAACGACCAAAUACAGAAGACUUCUUGACGUUUUUGUGCUUUAGAGGAACUCCAAUUUUACCUCCAAGCUUAAAUUUUUUCAAUGUUGGAAGUAAAAAGGAAAAACCAGAUACUAAGCCAGCACGUAUAACAAUAGAUAAAACUAUAUCUUCAACUAGUACAUCUAUUGAAAAUCAAAAACUAGAUUCAAAUCAGAAAAGUAUCACAAAAGUGAAACCUAUUAUUACUGACAAGAAGAAAGUCUCAAAUGCAAUACAGAAAAAUAUUACAACAUUUAAAAGUACUACAUCUACAGUACAAGCACUCAAAAAGAAAUAUCAAGAACAGCGUCUUGCUAAACAAAGAAUCAAAAAUAAAUUUAAAACAUCAUGUGUUAUGAGAACAAGAUCUUGUACAGAACGAACGUUAUUAAAAUCUGUAAACAAAUUAGCACCCAGAAAAUUUUUACCAAGAAUUGAAACUAAGAGACUUGGUUUACGAAGUAGUGUGCUUGCAGAUAAAACAAAAACAGGUCCUUCAAAAGUUAAACCUGUACCACCUAAACCAAAGAAGAAAGUUAUAGUAAAACAAAAGAAUAGUGAUACAUCAAAUUCUGAUUCUACAUCUGAAGAAGAAGAAGAAGGUCCUUUGGAAAAAUCAGCUCCACAGAUGAAACGUACAAUUCAAAAGACUGUGCAAAAAAACAUAUGUACAAGAAGUAAAUCUGAAAUGAGAAGAAUUACACGUUCUCAUAGUGGCACAAUUUCCCCAAAAAAUCUUUGUAGGAGACCAACAAGGAAAACUAAAGAAGCAGCUGCUGUAUAUAUGGAAAUUCUUGGACGGAAACUCGUAAGUCCUGAUUUAGAAAAUGAUGAUAAUGUUUCUAUGGACAGUUUUCCAGAAUUACCAAAUACACGUAAAACUACUCAACCAGAAAAUGAAAUCAAAACUAAAGUAAAACAAUCUGUUACAAAAACAACUGCUAAAAAUAAAGAUAAUAAAAUUACUUCUAUUCAUAAUACGUCAAAUAAACGAUCGGAUAAGACCAAAACUAAUAAAAUUACUUUUAAAAGUAAAAGAUUAAUAAGAGUUCACAAGUAUUGUGAAAUUGAUAGUGAUGAAGAAUCUGUAAGUUCUAAUGGCACUAGUAACACAAGACCUGUUACAAGAAGAAGUUUAGGAAAAUUAAAUAAACCUGUAAGUCGAUAUCUUAGAUCUUCUACUAAAAAUAUAACUACAAGAAUGGAGAUUCAAAAUAAUAUAAGUAUUAAAUCAAAAUGCCAAGUUCAAAAUAAUGCAAAAUUUAAUAAAGAAAAAUUUGUAGCUAAACGUAAACGAGAACAAAGCUCUACUAAAUCAUUACCUGAAAAAAGUAAUGGACAAAAGCAAAAAGAAUUAAAGGAUACUGAAUUUGAAAGUACAGAUUCUGAUGAAGAGACAUUAGGUAUGUUGCUCAAUAAAUUAAAAAGAAAGAAAGAUGAUAAUGUACAAAAGGAGAUUGUUAAUAAAAAUAACAAUCAAGAUAUUGAGAAUAAAAUUGAGCAGUCUUUAAAUGAAAAUUUUGUAAAAACCGACCUUUCAAAAAUAUCAGAUGACGAAGAAUCUUUUCGGGGAUUUACGAAGAAAGCAAUAUCCAAAGUAUUAAACUCUUGUCAAACACAUGUUAAUGUUAAUCUUCUGACCACGAAAAAGACCAGUGAUAAAUUAGAAACAGCUAAAAUGGAAAAUGAACAAAAUUCAUAUGUAGCUAAUAAAGAGGUAGAUAAGGAAUUGUCGAGUAAUGAACCUUUACUAAGUAUAAAUUCUCCACCAGUAUUAAAUAUACCAUAUAAUCAGCAUCUUCAAAAAUCUGAAAAAGAUAAAUCAAAGUUACCUGAUUUAAUAUCUGAUGAAAUAGAACAAGAAAUAUCAACAAAUACUGAAAAAGAAUGUCAUCAUAAAACAGAGAUUUCAUCCACAAAUGUUAUAGAUAUGUCUUUAUCAACAUUGCAUGUAAGGAAGGAGAAAGUAAAUAUGUCGACUGAACAAAUUGAAAAAUGGUUAAAUGAAAGUUCAUUUGCUAAAGAGGAAAGUAAGUUAGAAAUGGAAAAUGUGUCUACUUUUAAAUAUGAUGUUUGUGAAAAAAAGACUGAUGUAUCACAUUUAUCAAUUUCAACAAAAAUUCAACAUUUGGUAAGACCAGUUAAUGUUACACUUUCUAAAUUAGCAGAAAAGGCUAAUGUAAAAGAUCGCAUGAAUACAUAUAAUAAAUAUGCUCCCAUUAUAACAGGAGAAUUACAAUCUGAUAUAAAACAACAGAAUGAGUUUUCUAAUAUUAAUAUUAAUAUUAACAAACAGAAUACAAAUUUAAAAGAUAUUAAUAAAGGGCGGAACAUAAAGCUAAAUAAAGACUCAUGUUCUGGAGAAGAAGGUGAUAGUGCACUAAAACCUGAUCAAAAUUCUACAGAUAGUUCUAAUGAAAAAAAGAUAUCAACAGAGAAGAAAACCAUAUUUCAACCAAGAAAACCCUUUUUACCAAAAGUUAAAGAACGUAAAACAGUAACUCGUAAUGCAAAUGCAUUUUCUCCGGAAAAUGAAAGCAGUGUUUAUGCAUUUGAAAGUGAUACAGAAAUCCCUGUUAGUACUCCUUUUAGACGUAAAGCUCGAGAAUCUAAUAAAUCAAACGUGAUUCAUAAUCUAUCCCAGAUGGAUGCAACUAAAUCUGAAAAUAAUACAAAUAAAUCUGAAAAUAAUUCAAAUAAAUUUGAUAAUGCUGCAAAUAAAUCUGAAAAUAAUACAAAUAAAUUUGUCAAUAAUGCAAAUAAAUCCGAAAAUAACAUAAAUAAAUCUGUGAGUGAAGCAAAUAAAAAUGUAGAAAGAAUAAUUAAAGAUAAUUGUGAAAUGACAAUAUUUAAAGAAAAUUCCAUCAAUAAUUCUGCAAAAAAUGAAAAUGAAAUAGUAGAAAUAAAAAAUAUAUCAAAUACAACAUUAAAUGUAAACAAAUUUGAAUUACCAAAAAAUUUUGCAACUUUGGCUAAUAUACAAGUUUUACCAUUAGAUAAAUUAACAACAACUUGGAGUAAUGUAAAUUGUAGUACUUCAAUAGCUGUACAAGUAAAUCUUGAUGAUAAUACACAAACACAAAAGCAGAUUGGAGAAAGUGAUACAAAUCAACAAAAAAGUACAGAGAUAUCUACUCAGACUGAAAGCAAUAACGAAAAUGAUGAUGAAAAUGAUGGUCAACUGUUUUACAUACCUUUACAAGCUGUCACAAGGAAUGGACCAAAUUUAGUUCAAGGACAGCAAUUAAUUCAAGGUGUAGCUGUAAAACUUGGUACUGAAGGACCAAAUGGUCCUAAUCAAAAAGUUCUUUUAAGAGCAAAAUUGGUUACUAAACCUCCAUCAUCAAUUGCACGUUGUCCUCCUGUAGGGACAGUACAGCCUACAACUCGUACUCCACCUAAUUCUACUCUAAUAACAACUGAUCAUUCAAUACCAUCUACUUCUUCAAGUACAGCAUCAACUGUUACUACAUCUAAUUCUGAACUUCAACCAUCUACUCCAAAUAAAAAUGAAAACAUAGUACAAAUUCCAAAUAGGCAAAAUAUUGGAUUAAAUAUAGUAACUGAAAAAUUGCCAAAAUCACCAAAAACUCCUAGAGAAAGAAAAACCUCAAUUGAUUCAAAUAAGAAUGGGAAAAGAUGUCAGAUCAAAGCAAAACAGAAGGGUUCUGAAAUAUAUUCUCCCAUCAAUAACGUAACAUUUCCAAGUGCAAAAGAUGAAAAUAAUGAAGCACGAUUAGUUGAAGCUCCAACAUUUCAUCCUACUGAAAAAGAUUUCCAAGAUCCUUUAGAAUACAUAGACAAAAUAAGGCCAAUUGCAGAGAAAUUUGGAAUAUGCAGAGUUGUGCCACCACCUAAUUUUAAACCGGAAUGCAAAGUAUCAGAUGAUAUGAGGUUUACUGCUUAUAAUCAAUAUGUACAUCGUAUGUUACAUAGAUGGGGUCCCAAUGUGAAAGAAAUGAUGGCUAUAAAGAAAUAUUUAGCUACACAAAGCAUAACAUUAACUCAUCCACCUUGGAUUGGUGGUAUGGAAGUUGAUUUGCCUCAUUUAUAUCAAACAGUUCAAAGUUUAGGCGGAUUAAAAGAAGUGAUUGAAAAGAAAAAGUGGCAGAAAGUAGCUGAUGGGAUGAAAAUACCAAAAUCUGCUCAAGAUCGUGUAACCAAAUUGGAUGACAUUUACUGCAAAUACUUAUUACCAUAUGAUACAUUAUCUCCAGAGGAACGAGGUAAAUUAUUUGAUGAAGUCGAAUCUGAGUGGAUGAAAAGAGAAAGUAGAGUUUUACAAAGGCAAAAUGCACCAAUAAGUGAAAAUGAAGAAGAUGAAGAUGAUGAUAGUUCUGACGAAAUUGAGGAAUGCAUCGUUAAAGGUAGAAACAUGCCGUUAAACGCUUUUUAUCGUAUUGCACGAAACACACAACGUAUGUGGUUUGGUGAAAAUCAACGAUCUGGAAACGAAACAGAAGGUGCUUCUGCUGAUGAGGUUGAGAGUGCAUUUUGGAAACAUGUUGCAGAAAGGAAAAGACAUGUUUGUGUACACGCUGCAAGCAUUGAUUCAAGUGGACGCGGUUUUGGAUUUUCGGUUGCUAAAAAUAGUCCGUUCGCAAGACAUCCAUGGAAUCUUAAAGUACUUACUAAUAACGCGGGCUCAGUACUGAGAGCUUUAGGUCCUAUAAUGGGUGUGACUGUACCAACACUUCAUGUGGGUAUGUUAUUUAGUGCAUGUUGUUGGUACCGCGAUCCUCAUGGUCUUCCUUGGAUAGAAUAUUUGCAUACUGGUGCUAAAAAAAUUUGGUAUGGUAUACCCGACGAACACAACAAUAACUUUAGAGAGGCUCUUUCAAAAAUGGUUCCACGAUAUUGUAAAAAUAAAACUAUAUGGCUGCCAUCAGAUACAGCAAUGGUUCCUCCAGAAUUAUUGGUUAGUAACGGAGUAUCACUAUGCCAAACUGUUCAGGAACCAGGGCAAUUUAUAGUUGUAUUUCCUAAAGCAUUUACAUCAAGUAUAUGCACUGGUUAUGUAGUAUCUGAAAGUGUUUACUUUGCACAACCAUCCUGGUUAGAAACUGCUGAACAAGUAUUUAAAGAUAUACAAGAUAGUUGUGAACCAUCAAUCUUUUCAUUUGAAAGAUUAUUAUUUAAUAUUAUUAAUGACUCUAGAUCUCAUAUAGAAGUAUUAAAACAGAUUCUAGCAAGUGUAAUUAAAAUUCGUGAAAAAGAAAUAAGUUAUCGUAAACAAUUAGAAUCAGUAGGUCUCAUAAACACAGAAAGAUUACCUUUACCAGAUAGUGGAAAACGAAAGAAAGGAAAAAAAGUAAAAGAAGAUGAUGGCGACUUUGAAUGUGAAACUUGUAGAGCUAAUUUGUUUGUUUCAUUAGUGAGUAAUUCACAAGAUGACAGUGUUUACUGUUUACCACAUGCAUUGCAAUUGUUUGAUAGAAAGAAACAAAUUUUAAAACAUUGUACUCUAAUGUACACAUAUAACGAGGAAGAAUUAAAUGAUUUGAUCCAUAAACUAGAAGAAAGAAUUGAAGCCAAAUCUAAAAAGACUAAUCAAAUCAAACAAACAAAGUAAGGGGUUUACAAAGUUAUUUAUUAAAUUACAUACAUAACAAUUAUUUAUUAAUCUAUCUAAUAAUAAUUACAGAAUUUUGUUUUAUAUAUAUAUAUAUAUAUA